CUUCUUUUCCGUGGAACGUUAACAACGUGUCACCAAUCAUACGUAGACACGUGUCGGUUACAUGUCUGGGAUCCCAUCCGUAGUUGUCCAGGCUGGCUUACGCUAAGAAUCAAAAUCUAUCCGUUAACCCUAAUCUCUCCAACGUCUCUUUUUUCCCUGACAAAUUAAGCAAAGGGGCAGAAAAAAAAAAAUAAUAAUAAUAAUGGGGAAGCUCAUAUGCGAUUCGACGGCGUCGUCUCCGGUGAUUCUUCCCUGGCGUGACCCUACCGAUAUCCCAUCUUCCGAUCUGGUUAACCAGAGGCCUAUCUCGAAGCACCCCCUUGAAAUCACCGCCUCCUCAUGGGACAAUGUGCCCGGAUUGGAGGACCAGCAGAAGAGGCAUUUGACCCGGAUUUACAAUAAGGGUGUUCUUUGGAAGCACCCACAAGACAAGAACAACAACAUCGUCUUCAGGUUGAUGCACGGCGGCGAGGUCGACUCCGACGGUAACUGCCUCUUCACGGCGGCGCGUAAGUCCAUGGGCGUCGACGCGGCGGCGCGUGACCUCAGGAUCCGAACUGUGAGGAGGUUUUCUGAGGAUCUUGGAUCUGUAGACGAGGUGACCAAGGAUUUGAUCGGAUCCGCGAUUAGGCAUAUGUACUCGCCGGAUCUGAACUCUGGUUGGGGUAUACACGUGGUGCAGGAGGUUAAGCUUUUGGCGAAGAAGCAAGAUCGUGAGUCUUUGGAUUCCGCCAUUGAUGAGCUCGUUCAACUCGGCAUGCAGAGAGAAAUAGCAGCAGAAUCAAUAUACAAAGAAAGAUGCAUAGCUGUGGAUGAUGGUGCGAGUUGGGCAAAGUACAUGUCGAUAUCAGGUUCAGCUGAGGAUGAAUACGACAUAAUAAAUAUGCAGUAUACAGAGGAGGGUCUAUUAACAGUAGACGAGAAUAGAGAUGGAAGGGCUGCUGCUUUUGGUGAUGAUAUUGCAAUAGAGUGUCUUGCAACUGAGUUCAAAAGAGAAAUAUUUGUGGUUCAAGCACAUGGAUCAGAUGCAAUGGUUGAUGAAGAAAACUGUGUUUUCUUCUUACCACAUCGUCCAAGAAGUGAAAUAUGCGAACCUCCUUUCUUUCUCUUCAUGAAAGGAACAGGAUGGUGCUGUGCGGGUGCGGAUCAUUAUGAGCCGCUUAUUGCACAUUGCUCAACGCUCGUAUCCCAUGAGAAAGUUGCCUUGGUACUUUAGACAUUCUUUCUUGGAAUUAUUUUUUUGCAGGUUAGGGUUAAAAUAGAUGAUGAUUUAGCUAGAGCUAGUCGGAAUUUUUUGAUGAGAGAGAGAGUUGUUGUGUGUGUGUGUGUGUGUUAGUGAUUCGUUAAUUAGUAGAAGAAGUUGUUGUGAUGAUUCAAAGAUAUGAAGGCCGCCGUGACUAGUUAUUUGGUAACUGAGUGGGGUGGUUAGGGAUUUUGUUGUGUAAUUUAGGGAGGGAGGUUUCUUGUGUAGCUGCUGUUUUAUUCGCUAAUCUCUCUAUUCACUCAGAGAACUAGAAUAAAUAGCAGCACCUUCCUCCUCAUAACUCUUAACUGGGAUUUAUUUUUUCUUUUGAGAGAUUUGAUUUAUCUUCACAGCUAUUUA